AAGUGUAAAAAUGGAACAAAGGAAACUGAAUGAUCAAGCCAACACUUUGGUGGACCUGGCAAAGACUCAAAACAUCAUGUAUGACAUGAUUUCUGACUUAAAUGAAAGAAGCGAAGAUUUUGAGAAGAGAAUUGUUACUCUGGAAACUAAACUGGAAACUUUAAUUGGUAGCAUUCAAGCUCUCCCUGGACUGAUUAGCCAGACAAUCAGCCAGCAACAGAGGGAUUUCCUCGAGGCUCAGAUACAAAAUUAUGAUAAGCAUGUUGCCUACAGUGCUGAACGAUCACGGUCUUUGUCAAGAAGAAGGAGAUCAUCCUCCACAGCACCACCAACUUCAUCAGAGAGUAGCUAGAAGACAAUAAGUUAAUCACAAAUAAAGACUUUUUGCCAUCAUAUGGUCAAUAUUUUAGCUUUUAUUGUAAAGCCCUAUGGUUCUAACCAGUGUUAUCUGGGUUCUGAUGUCAGAAUCCUGGAAACCUGAACACAUUUUAGGCCAAAAUGAGUGAAAACUCUUCUUUUUUCCCCCCUCCUCCUCUCAGAUGCACAGUGAAUGCACCUAUUAUUGCUAUAUUAGAUUGUUCCUCCUGUAAUUUCACUAACUUUUUAUUCAUGCACUUCAAACAAACUUUACUACUACAGUGCAUAGUAUAAUAAAGGGUUAAUUUCUGCACAUAGUUGCUUGAUUACUUGGACUUAACAACUCAAAAAGGCUUACAAUCAAAUGGCCUAAUUGUAAACUUCUAAGAAACAAAAUUGAAGCUUAAUAAUUAUCUCUCAG